CGUAUUCGAUGAAAGCCGGGACAGCCGGGGUCGGGGCCGCGCUUCUGGGUUUGGGCGUCGGCAGCGGCAGCGCACAAGGAAGUGCGUGAGCCGGCUCCCAGCCCCGGCGGCCGCCCCCAACCCGCGCUGCACGCCCGGCGCCGCCUUCCGACAGGUCCCCGGCCUGAGCUCUGCGAGUCUGAGUCGCAGCGCGGCCCAUGCUGACCGGCCCGGGGCCCUCCGAGAGCGCGGGCUAACAAGGGGGCGAGGAUGCCCUACGAGAUCACAGCCACCUUGCCACAGUGAAAAUGCUGGUCGUGUGGUAGUGGAGGCAGAGUAGUCGGGAAGAAGGAGCCUGGUCACUGAUCACUUCUCAGAGCACCUGUCACACCCCGCAGUGUAACCUCUGGACUUUGCAUUAUGAGAAGGUAAAAUGGUAAAAUUCUUACUUGUUUCAGUUUUCCUGGUGUUCUGUUACUCACAAAAACAUUCCUGCCUGACCAAUGAGAUUGUUGUUUUGUGUUGAGAGAUUCUGGACGUUGAUUGUAAUUUUGGGCCUUAGAAAAAUGUCAUGAAAACCUUCCUCCAUUGCUGAUGAGAGAGAGAGAGAGAUACUACAAUUAAUCUCCCCUUUUGCAUUGGUCUUCUACCCCUGUGGCUUUUACCUGCAGUCCUGGCUAAGACAGUAAUACCCUGGGGUUUAAGCUCAAGACUCACACCUGAGGUCUAUAUUAGUGUUACUCUCAACAAUUCGUGAUACUGUAGACCCCUAUUCACUGUAUUUAUGUAAGAAUAUAUCGUACAGUAUGUGUAGUUAUCACUCUUAACAUAAUUAACAUUCUUUAACGUUUCCCUUUGUAUGUUAUGUUGUUACCUGCUUUGGAGUUGGCCCUGACUUACGGUUGCCUCACGCACUAAGGAAUGAAAUGGACCAUUGUGAUCCAUAGGAUUUCCACUGGUUGAUUUUCAGAAGUGGAUCGCCAGGCCUGUCUUCCUAGUCUUAGUCCGAGAGCUUCACUGAAACCUGUUCAGCAUCAUAACCCAUACGUCCUCCACUGACGGACAUGCGGUGGCUAUAGGAGAAGGAGGCCAUGACCAGGGCACCCCGGAGGCCAGGUCAAUCGUCCUCCCUCCCCCAUCGUGUGCUAUCUGCCACCUAUCAGCCUCUUCUCAGGAUUCUAUCCCAGGCUCCAGCCAAGGUCCCAGGUGUGAUGCAGGGAGAGAUGAUCCAUUCUAGGCAGCUGGGGACUAAGGACAACCAUCUUAUACAUCCACACAAUCACAAGUAAGGAUUUAACUGCUCUGACUGGCUGUGUAGACCAAACAUCAUUCAUCUGCCUGCAGACUGCCUAGUGUGGCCCUGCUUCAACUCCCGUCCCUCUUCCUGAAGUGGCUUCUUGGGCUUAAAGAGCAUGUUCACUUAGAUUUCCAGAAGCUGGAGCCAGAAAAUGCAGGCUCUAGGGCAUCCAUGUAACCGGGAAUGAACAGCCAGAGGAACAAGCACACGGUAGGCAUAUGUGACCGGGAACGAACAGCCAGAGGAACAAGCACACGGUAGGCAUAUGUGACCGGGAAUGAACAGCCAGAGGAACAAGCACACGGUAGGCAUAUGUGACCGGGAACGAACAGCCAGAGGAACACGCACACGGUAGGCAUAUGUGACCGGGAAUGAACAGCCAGAGGAACAAGCACACGGAUUCAGUGGCUGUCAAGGAUGUGACUGUGGACUUUACCGGGGAAGAGUGGGCAUUGCUGGAUCUUUCUCAGAGGAAACUCUACAGAGACGUGAUGAUGGAAACCUUCAGAAACCUGGCCUCAGUAGUUUCUCGAAACCUUAAUGAUGGAGAAAAGCUAUCCAUUGAAAAUACAAUAAAACGAUUCAUGAAAAAUGACACUUGGUCCUCAGUGGUGGGAGAAAUCCACAAAUUGCAUGGCAUCGAAGAUCAGGAUAACAACCAGAAAACACAUGUGAGAAGGCAUAUGGUAGAGAGCCUCUGUGAAAGUAAUGAAGACAAUCAGUGUGGACAGACCUUCAGCCGGAUUCCAAAUCUUUCUGUGCUCAGAAGAACUCCUGUGAAAGCAUAUCCUUCUGAAUGCCUUGAGUGUGGAGAAUCCUUGAUGGAUCAUUCAUCACUUAAGCUUCAUGUCAUAUCUCUCUCUGGAUGCAGUGCCUCUCAGUGUAAGGAAUGUGGAGAAGCCUGCAGGUGUCCCUCUUACCUCAGCACUCCUGUGAGAACUCUUCUUACUGAAGAGAAACUCUAUGAAUGUAAGGAAUGUGGGAAGGCCUUUUGUCAGUCCUCAAACCUCACUACACAUAUAAGAAUUCACAGUGGAGAGAGGCCUUAUGAAUGUAAGGAAUGUGGGAAAGCCUUUAGUCAGUCCUCAAACCUCAUUAAACAUAUGAGAACUCACAGUGGAGAGAAGCCUUAUGAAUGUAAGGAAUGUGGCAAAGCCUUUCGUCAUUCCUCAAACCUCACUAGACAUAUGAGAACUCACAGUGGAGAGAAGCCUUAUAAAUGUAAUAUACAUGGGAAAACCUUUCAUAAGUCCUCAAACCUCACUAUACACAUGAGCAUUUACAGGGGAGAGAGGCCUUAUGAAUGUAAGGAGUGUGGGAAAGCCUUUCAUGAGUCCUCAGACCUCACUAUACAUAUGAGAAUUCACAGUGGAGAGAGACCUCAUGAAUGUAAGGAAUGUGGCAAAGGCUUUAGUCGAUCCUCACACCUCACUUCACAUAUAAAGAGUCACAGUGGAGAGAGGCCUUAUGGAUGUAAGGAGUGCGGGAAAGCCUUUAGUCGGUUGGCAAGCCUUACUACGCAUAUAAGAAGUCACAGUGGAGAGAAGCCUUAUAAAUGUAAGGAAUGUGGGAAAGCCUUUCAUAAGUCCUCGAACCUCACUAUACAUAUGAGCAUUCACAGUGGAGAGAGGCCUUAUAAAUGUAAAGAAUGUGGGAAAGCUUUUAGUCAGUCCUCAAACCUCACUAAACAUAUGAGAACUCACAGUGGAGAGAAGCCUUAUGAAUGUAAGGAAUGUGGCAAAGCCUUUCGUAAGUCCUCAAACCUCACUAUACAUAUGAGAAUUCACAGUGGAGAGAGACCGUAUGAAUGUAAAGAAUGCGGCAAAGCUUUUAAUCGGUCCUCACACCUCACUAGACAUAUGAGAACUCAUAGUGGCAAGAGGCCUUAAGUAAGGAAUGUGGGAAAACCUAUACUCAGUCUUGGUGCUUACUGAACAUAAAUACCCUCACACUGGGAGAGACUUUAUGAAUGUAAGGAAUGUGGGAGAACAUUUCAUUCAUUUCUCACUGAAUACAAAAGAAAUCACCCUGGGGAGAAACACUUUGGAUAUACUGAAUGUGGGAAAUCUUUUUGUGAAUCCUCAAACCUCACUAAACCAAAAAACCAAACCCAGUGCUGUUGAGUUGAUUCUGACUCGUAGUGACCCUAUGGGACAGAGCAGAACUGCCCCAUAGGGUUUCCAAGGAGCAGCUGGUGGAUUUGAACUACCAACCUUUUGGUUAGCAGCCAUAGCUCUUAACCACUGUGCCACCAGAGCUCCCAAACCUCCCUAACUUAUAAAAAUUCACAGUGGAUAGAGGGUUUAUAAUGUAAGGAAUUUUGGCCACAUAUAUACAUUAUUAUGAUGAAGAACAAAUGGGUAGUUGCAGACUUUCACUUCCCCCUUUAAGCAUGCACCUCCUACAAAUAAGGCCAGUUUCCUACAAAAAAAAAAAAAAAAAAAAAAAACCCCAGCUCUUCAUUGUUCCACACAACAAAUGAGAAUUUCUCCAGUUUUUCAUAAAGUAUCUAUUAUAAAAACCAAACCCAUUGCCAUCGAGUCGAUUACCAACUCAUAGUGACCCUAUAGGACAGAGUAGAACUGCCCCAUAGAGUUGCCAAGGAGUGCCUGGUAGAUUCAAACUGCCAACCUUUUGGUUGGCAGCUGUAGCAGUUAACCACUAUGCCACUAGGGUUUCCAUUAUAGCUGUUAGGUUUUUUGAAGCUAAGAUCCAAACGUGAUCUCCACAUUGCCUUUUAAUUUUUAGAUCUGUUUAAUCUGUCUUAUACAGAACAUUCUCUUGCUUGUCUUGUAAAUUGUUAAUAUGUUCAGCAUUCUGAUAGAAUAAAACCUGUGAAAGUCAGAGAACUGUCAGAGAAGGAAAACUCACUGGGUGUUUAUGAGGUAGGAUUCUUAAUAGAGAGCUACAGAAAAGCGAUAAGCACCCUGUCAAAGGCGGAAAACAUUCAAGACCCAGAAAAACAGGCCAUCCCGUCAAGUUCUAGCUCUCACAGGUUUCAGUGUAUUCAUUUUAACAUAAUUCUUUUAAUUAGUCUUCUGUAUUUUUUGUAAGGUAGAUGUUGAGUCUAGCACGGUUCUGUCUAACACAAAUGUAAUGAGUGUCAAAGAUGUAAUCUAAAAAAUUUUAGUAGUCAUAUUAGAAAAUUUAAAAUGUAUAAAUGUGAAAUUUUUAAUGAAAAAUCUUAUUUAACUCAGUAUAACCAGUUUUUGUCAAUGUAAAAACUGUAAAUGAAAUUAACAGCUAAUCUAUAUAAAUUUAUUUAUGAGAUAUUUUACAUUUCCUUUCUUUUGUACUCAGUCUCCCAGUAUCCAGAAGCAGCCCAUCUUGUACAUUUUACUGUUGAAAAAGUAGACUCACAAUCCAAGGUUACUCCGAACAUGCUUUUCCAAUAAUUGAAUCAAGUUUAUUGUUAUAUUUAAAUUAAAAAACACCCAGUGCAUUAAUUAAAGUUAAUUCAGUUUUUUAGUUGUACUAGCCACAUAGGUUGUUGACACAACCCUAUCAGUGUUUGAAUGCAAGGUAAGUCCCUGGAUCGCUUUGUGCUUUCCGCUUGGAGACCUGGAAUCAACCAUUUCUCCCCAAGCCUCUGGUUCCUUUCAAAAAUGAGAAUCUGUGCAAUACAUGGGCUCAAAACUUGAGUCAAUUUUGUCUUGGCCUUUCAGCGAAUGUCUAAAAUACGUAUUUUCUUACAUCAUAAAUUCAUACUCAUACUCCCAAUACAAAUUUAAGAUUGUAUUGUUUUUGUUGUUUGGUGCCUUUGAGUUGGUUCCGACUCAUAGUGACCCUGAGUACAACAUCCUCAUAAUCAUUGUUAUGCUUGACCCCAUUGUUGCAGCCACUGUGUCAAUCCAUCUCUUUGAGGAUCUUCUUUUUCGCGGACCGUCUACCAAGCAUGAUGUCCUUCUCCAGGGACUGUUUCCUCCUAAUAACAUGUCUAAAGUGUGUGACACGAAGUCUCACCAUCCUUGCUUCUAAGGAGCAUUUUGGCUGUACUUCCUCCAAGACAGAUUUGUUUAUUCUUCUGAUGGUCCAUGGUAUAUUCAAUAUUCCUGAUCAACAGCAUAAUUUAAAGGCAUCAAUUCUCCUUCAGUCUUCCUUAUUCAUUUGCCCAGCUUUCACAUGCAUAUGAAGCGACUGAAAAUACCAUGGCUUGGGUCAGGUGCACCUUAGUCCUUAAAAUGACAUCUUUACUUUUUAACACUUUAAAGAGGUCUUUUGCAGCAGAUUUGCCCAAUGCAAUGCAUCUUUUUAUUUCUUGAGUGCUGCUUCCAUGGGCAUUGAUCCAAGUAAAAUGAAAUUCUUGACAACUUCACUAUUUUUUUCUGUUUAUCUUGAUGUUGCUUAUUGGUCCAGUUGUGAGGAUUUUUGUUCUCUUUAUGUUGAGGUGUAAUCCACACUGAAGGCUGUGGUCUUUGAUCUUCAUCAGUAAGUGCUUCAAGUCCUCUUCACUUCCAGCAAGCAAGGUUCUGUCAUCUGCGUAUCACAGGUUGUUAAUGAGUCUUCCUCCAGUUCUGAUGCCCUGUUCUUCAUAUAGUCUAGCUUCUCCGAUUAUUUGCUCAGGAUACAGAUUGAAUAAAUCAAGGUCUAUAAUUAAAAAAAAAAGAAAUCCAUGACUGCCAUAAGUCAUUGAAAAGACAUCAAGGUCUAACUUGAAACUUAACAAUGCAAGUGUAUGUUUCAAGGUCCCUUCCUAUGACCAGGGGUCCCUAGGUGGUGCACACGGUUAAGUGCUGGGCUACUAACCUAAAAAUUGGAAGUUCAAGUUCAUCCAAAAGUGCCCCAGAAAAAAGGCCUGGUGAUCUAAAAGGUAACAGCCAUGAAAAUCCCACAGCGCACAGGUCUACUCAGCACUCAUGGGGUCAUCAUGAGUUGGAAUUCACUCUAGGGAAACUGGUUUGGUUUUUGGCUUUUCUUAUUGCCACCUCAGGUUCUGUAAUUUAUUAAUCCAAUCUAUCUGUAAUUUUUUUUUUUUUAUCUGUAAUUACCCCUGUAGAUCAUCUGAAAGAACCUGAGAAAUAUCACGUCUUUAUUCCCACUCCAAGCGCUGCAUCUUCUCAUGAAAAGGUUUUGGGAGUGCCCCGAUCUCAAGCCUAGACCGCCCACUAAUGGCCCCCCUUUAUUCUCUGUCUUGGGAAGAAGUGGACCCUCUGUCCCUCUAGGUGUGGGCCCAGGCUGCUUCUCCAUCCUGGGCCGGGUCCCUGGAGCCAAGUAGUGGGGUCAGGGAUAAGCCAGCCCUCAGCAGGAAGGACAUAGGCCCCCUUGGUGGCCAAGGUGUGGAUGGUCUGGGCAGCAGUGUGCAGCAGCCCCCAGAUAUGGGUGAUCCCCAGGUCAGCAGGGCCUGUGCCUACUGGGCCUGCAUCUGGGCCCUGUCCUGGCAGAUGGCCUUGGACAGAGCCCACAGGGAGGUCACCAGGCUUCUCCAAAGUGGUGGCAGCUGGUCUCCUGGGGA